AAAUUAGUGUUUUAAUUUCAUAAAAUUUUAUAUCUAUUUUAACAACAAAACAAAAAAAAUGGAAAAUGAAAUCAAAGUGGAAGCUGAAGAAAAAGUCACAAAUGAAAAUAAUACAGACAAAGAAAACUUUAGUGGAAAUAAAUCAGAUGAUUCGUUGUCGCAACGCUCAAACGGUUCGGAAAGCUCAACAAAAGUUGGUGGUAUACGUUUAGUAUCGUUAAGUACAUUAAUUGAUAAACCGAAAGCUUGGGUGAAGGAGGCUUUAAUGGAACCGGAGAUCAUUGAAUUAAAUUCCGAUGAUGAUGAUUCUGAUGAUGUACAAGAAAUUACAGAGUGUACAAGUGGUAAAGAUAGUAAAAAUAGUAAAAUAAAAAGUGAAAAUAGUUUAGAAACGAAAUCGAAACGGACAGAUACAUUAUCGGAACGUUUUAAAUCAAAGUUUAGUGUUUUACGUGAUAGUUUAGAAAAACGGGGACAUAAAGGUAAAAAAAAUGUACAAAUUGUGGAUGAAAAUGUCGAUUAUGAUAACUUUACGUCGUGUCGUGUUGUUUUAGAGAAAGUAGCCAAAUUAGAAGACAAAUUAAAAAGUAAUUCAAGCAGUAAAAAGAAUUCUUCGUCAUCCGAAGAUGAAGAACUACCUUUAUCAAAAUUGAAAAAAGGUAAAAGACCUAAAAAGAAAUCUGGGAAAAAAUCAACAUCAGAUGCGAAACAAUCUUCCAGUGACAGUGAUUCCACAUCGUCGGCGUCAGAAAGUAAUGAAAAAUCGAAAAAUACAGCAAUUAGAACAAAAACGCGAAAAACACGAAAUACAAAAUCAAUAAAUUCCGAAGAAAAAUCCGAAUCGGAAAAAAAUGAUUCAGCAUCAGAAGUUCAGGAGAAAAAAUCGUUGAAAGUAAAGAAAUCAGGUACAAAGAAAACGGUCGGUUUCGAUUUAGGUAGUGAAAUAAAUUCGAAAAUAAAAAAUCUAAUGGAAUCCGAGACAGAAAUUAAAUCGAAAAACUUACGUAGUAAAAAAUCUACGGAUUCAGAAAAUGAAAAUCCACUUUUAGUUGAUUCAGAAGCAAUUAAAGCUAAAAUUGAAACAGAAUUUCAAGAAAAUAAACCAUCAAAAGGUCGAAAAUUACGAUCGAAAAAUCAAUCUCUUGAUUCAGAAUCAGAUAUUUCGAAAAAUUCUGAUGAAUCUGAGUCGAAAAAAGAUACAGAGAAAAGUAAAAAAAUUGAUUCAAAAUCUGACAUGGAUGAAAAGAAAAAUACAAAAGGUAAAAAAACUCAAAAGAAAGAAUCAAUCGAUUCAGAAUCGGAGAAAAAUUCUGAUGAAUCUGAAUCGAAAACGGAAUCAAAAACUGAAUCCGAAACUGAUGGAAAAUCAAAUGGUAUUACAAAUGAAUCAGAGAAAAAUAAAUCGAAAAAUUCUCGAAGAAAAAAAACAUCCGAGGAGAAUAAUGAAGAAACAAUUAAUGAGAAAAAUCAGGAAAAAAUGGAAAAUCAAGAAGAAACUAAAGAAAUUAAUGAAAAUAGUACCAAAAAUAAUGGGAACAAAUCGAAAAAGAAUAAUUCUCGAAAGAAAAAAUCACUUGAAUCAGAAAGUGAAGAAGAAACACUCGAAGAGAACAAUCAGGAAGAAACUGAAGAAGUUAUCGAGAACACUGUUACUAAAAAUAAUGGGAAUGAUCUGAAAAUUACAAUCAAACGAAAUAAAACUGUGGUAGCCCGAAAACGUGUGAUUUCAUCUGAAUCGGAAUCAGAAAAACCAAAAGAAGACACAAAAAAAGAUUCAGAAAAUGAAGAAACAGUUGAACCUGAUGAAGAAUCUGAUAAACCAGCAACGGUUGCUACAAAUAAAAAGAAACGUACACGCGUUGUAACAUCCGAUGAAUCCGAUAAAGAUUUUAAACAACCCGAAAGUGAAUCCGAAGAAGACGACAAGAAAAAGUCUAGUAAAACGGUUGAACCUGAUGAAGAAUCUGAUAAACCAGCUACAAAUAAAAAGAAACGUACUCGGGUUGUAACAUCCGAUGAAUCCGAUAAAGAUUUUUAUCCAACGAAAUCAAAACUACCCGAAGAAGGGGCGUCAAGCAAUUCUAGUGAAUCUGAAGAAGACGCCAAGAAAAAUAAAAGUGAAGAUGAUAAAGAGAAGAAAAAAGUUCGACGACGUAUUAAAACCGCGGACAAUAGUAACGAUAGUAGCAGCGAUAAUGAAUUAAACGAUAGCAAGGGACAACGACGAAAGAAAAUCCGAAAGCUAUUAGGAAAAGAUGAGCUCUCAUCAAAAACGAAAAGUGCAACAAAAGAAGAAAUGGAACGUCGAAAACGUAUCGCAGAUCGUCAAAAAAUGUACAAUGAAAUAUGUAAAAAUCAUUUACUUGAAAAAUCGAAAUUGGAUAAAGUCGUCUUAGAUUUUGAUCCCGAUGAAAAGAAGGAUCUAGUUUCGGUUCAUCCAAAAUUAGUAUCCACCCUAAAACCACAUCAAGCGAAUGGUAUUAAAUUUAUGUGGGAUUGUUGUUUUGAAUCGUUAGAACAUUCGAAGGAAAGCAAAGGAUCCGGUUGUAUUCUUGCACAUUGCAUGGGUUUGGGUAAAACGUUACAGGUCGUUACACUAAUUCACACUUUAUUGACCCACGAAGAAACCAACAUCAAAACCGUGAUGGUUGUGUGUCCUUUAAGUACCGUCUUGAAUUGGGUCAAUGAAUUUAAUAUUUGGCUAUCGAAAAUUAACGGCGGUAAUGACGUGGAUGUUUAUGAAAUAACGAAAUUUAAAAAAAUGGUUGAUCGAUCGUAUAAGAUCAAAGAAUGGCAUGAUAACGGUGGUGUUCUUGUAAUCGGCUACGAAAUGUUUCGAAAUUUAUCGUGUACAACAAAUAAACGUAUUCGUAAACCAGUAUUAAAUCGUUUACAAACGGGUCUGAUUAAUCCCGGACCCGAUUUAGUCGUUUGUGAUGAAGGACAUUUAUUAAAAAAUGAAAAAGCACGGAUUAGUGUUGCAAUGAAUAAAAUCGCUACGUUACGACGAAUCGUAUUAACGGGAACACCGUUACAAAAUAAUUUAAAAGAGUAUUAUUGUAUGAUACAAUUUGUAAAACCGAAUUUAUUAGGAACGUAUAAAGAAUAUACAAAUCGUUUUGUGAAUCCAAUCGUUAACGGGCAAUAUAUCGAUUCAACACCGCAUGAUAUUGAAAUUAUGAAACGACGAUCGCAUGUUUUACACAAGUUAUUGGAUGGUGUUGUACAGAGACGAGAUUAUUCAGUGCUAGCGCCAUUUUUACCACCAAAACAAGAAUAUGUGCUGUAUUUAACUUUACAUCCAUUACAAGAGAAAUUAUAUGAAAUUUAUAUACAAAAUUAUUCGAAACGUUCUCAAUCAUUAACUGGAGGCAAAGCUGUUGCAUUGUUCUCUGAUUUUCAAGAACUAUCACGCAUAUGGACGCAUCCACGCAGCUUACGAUUCUACAGUGAUAAAUGUGAGAGAGACAGAGCGAAACAGAUGACAGAUAGUGAUGAAAUAAAUUCAUUUAUUUGUGACGAUGAAUCUGAUACAACUUCAACACCAGACUCAUCCUCAGAAGAUAGUGAUUUUAAUCCGAAGAAGAAAAAACCAAAGAAACGACGAAUUACCCGAGCAAAAGCCAAACAAAUGGAAUCUGAUGUGGAAUCGUCUCCUGAAGAAGCUGAUAAGAACGAUGGUAGUGAUUCUGAUUGUAAGAUAAUUGAAGAGAAAAAAGAGGAAUUUAAUUCAGAUUGGUGGGUGAAGCAUGUGGAUGAUGCUGUGCUGGAAGACAUCACAUACAGUUCUAAAUUAUUGUUGUUCUUUAAGAUUUUAAAAAAAUGUGAAGAAAUCGGUGAUAAAGUAUUGGUAUUUUCACAAUCAUUAUUCUCAUUAGAUUUAAUCGAAUAUUUUCUGGAUAAAUUGGAUUAUGCAUCACAUAAUAAGUCAGAACAACAGGGAUGGUUAUCAGAAUAUUCUAGUUCAUGGGAUUUGGGUUUAGAUUAUUUUCGUUUAGAUGGUUCAUCAUCGGUUGAUAAUCGUGCAACGUGGUGUAAAUCAUUUAACGAUGUUACCAAUAUUCGAGCUAGAUUAUUUUUAAUUUCGACAAAAGCCGGUGGUUUAGGUAUUAAUUUGGUGGCAGCUAAUCGUGUAAUUAUAUUCGAUGUAUCAUGGAAUCCAUCGCACGAUAUUCAAAGUAUAUUUCGAGUUUAUCGAUUUGGUCAAACUAAACCAUGUUAUAUUUAUCGAUUUAUUGCAAUGGGUACUAUGGAGGAAAAAGUUUAUGAACGUCAAGUCACAAAGUUAGCGAUCUCAAAACGUGUUAUCGAUGAACAUCAAAUCGAUCGACAUUAUAAUCAAAAUGAUUUAAAUGAAAUUUAUAAAUUCACACCAAUGUCAGGAGAAGAAAAACCUAUACCAAUGGUACCCAAAGAUCGUUUAUUAGCGGAAACUUUACAAGAAUUAUCGAAACAAAUCUUUAAAUAUCACGAACAUGACUCAUUGUUAGAGCAUAAAGAAGAUGAAGAAUUGGAUGAAGAGGAACGUAAAGCUGCUUGGGAUGAGUUCGAAAAUGAAAAACAACAAAAACCACCGCCAAUGAUGAAUUAUUAUCCACAAUAUAAUAUUGCAAAUAAUUUCAAUAAUCAAUUUCAAAUUGAAAUACAAAACACGUCACGGGCAUUGGAAGUUAUGCUACGGCAACGGAAUCCUACAUGGACUGAUUUACAAAUACAACAAAGUAUACCAAUUUUAUUACAGCAAGUUUAUCAAUUUGGUCCUGGAGGUUUCCAACAUUCUGCAUUUCCACAACCUCAAUUUGGAAUGGCACAACCGCGACCAGCAUUUCCACAACCGAAUACAAGUAUGAUGCAACAAUAAAGUGGCACAGAUGUAACUCUUUUGUAAGCAUUAUAUUUAGAAUGUUCGAUUGGUUACUUAGAAAAACAGUUACGGUUCGAAAGAUUAUUU